UGAUGCGCCUCGGAUCAUAGACCCGGGCCAGGAUGAUGCGACCAUGGCUGAGCCAGAUGAUUCUUCAACAAAGGACAAACCAGGGUGGAUUAAUGGUGAGGAUACUGAUCUAAAACCAGCUGAUGAGACUGAGGACGAGCUGGAACCAGCUGAAGAGAGUAUGCUUGAGCUGAAACCAGCUGAAGUGAUAGUAGAUGAGCUAGAUGAGCUGAGUGAGCUAAGUGAUACUAGCUUGGAGCUGAAUGAGCUAAGUGACACUGAAGAUGGAGCUGGUUUAGUUGCUGGGCGAAAUGAGCAUUUUUCAGCCCAAAGAAAAAUUCAUAACAAAUUCAAUUUGGGUCGGUUUUACACCAAAUUCGACCAGACCUUUCCUCAGUCCAUUUCAAGCCCAUUCUCAUCAAGAAUGCCAAGAGGGAGUCAGCAAGGAAGUCUUGGUCGUGCAUGGGAAAAAGAAUUCAACAAAAAUCAUUAAUUUCGGUCUUUAGUCAAAGUCUUCAUUUCUAGUUUCUAUGUCUUGUUUUUAGCACAUUCUUCUUUGGAUUUCUACAACUUGUAAUCCUAUAUAUAGGGCCUAAGAACCACGAAAUAAGAUAAGCUUUUUCCCCUUUUAUUUGAGUUUAUCUCUUUGUUCUUUGUAGAACACUUCUUUGUUUCUUGGUGAGGUUAUCUCCGAGUAAACAACCUCUAAUUCGUUGGACCUGUGCGUCAUAUCAGGCAACGUUUAGAAAUCCUUCUUUUGGUGGACUUGUGAGUCAUAUCAAGCACCAACUGAAGUCUGGUAGUAUCAUUGGGCCAUCCGCAACCCAUUGUGUCACCAUUCAAUCCAUCAGU